GAAUCUCUGAUACUGAUGCAGAUAAGUCUUAUGCUAUCAAGUCAUGCAUAUGUAUUAUUGUCUCUAUUUAGUCACUUAAACUGCUUAAUAUUGCUUAUCAGGAAAUUCAGAAUACAAUGGCAGGAAAAAAAAAAACCAGUGAAGAGGUCUUCAUUAUCAAAAGAUGAUGUUGAGAAAAAGCGAGCUGAAGAAAGUAAAAAGAUAAAGAUUUCUCAUUCUUCCCACGGGGCAACCCCUGGAAUCGUCCUGACGCUGGGUCAGGGUGAUGUUGGCCAACUUGGUCUUGGUGAAAACAUCAUGGAGAGGAAGAAACCUGCUUUGGUCAAGGGACUACCAGAGAAGAUUGUGCAGGUGGAGGCUGGUGGAAUGCACACUGUGUGCCUUGCACUGUCAGGAAAUGUUUACACGUUUGGCUGCAAUGAUGAGGGUGCGCUAGGGCGCGACACGGUGCAGGAUGGGUCCGACAUGGUUCCUGUCCAGGUUCAGCUUGAUGAACACGUGGUCCAGGUUUCUGCUGGUGACAGCCACACUGCGGCUCUGACUGAAAGAGGCCAAGUCUUCAUAUGGGGCUCCUUCAGGGAUAACAAUGGAGUUAUUGGACUAUUAGAACCCAUGAAGACCAGCCUUACACCACAGCGGGUGCCCAUUGAUGAUCCAAUUGUUAAAAUUGUCUCAGGGAAUGAUCACUUGGCAAUGCUGUCUCUUGACGGUGAGAUUUUCACUUCUGGCUGUGGUGAGCAGGGACAACUAGGAAGACUGGCAGAAUGUUUCACAAACCGAGGAGGACGGCGAGGUCUAGAACGACUGCUGAUUCCCAAGAACGUUCGCCUCCGAUCCAAAGGGAGUGGGAAGGUGAAAUUUACUGAUGUUUUCAGUGGUGCCUAUUGCACAUUUGCAAUUUCGAAGGAAGGCCACAUCUAUGGUUUUGGACUCUCCAACUACCAUCAGCUAGGAACACCAGGCACAUCCUCCUGUUACUCGGCACAUAAACUGAGCGCAUUCAAGAACUCGGGCAAGUCUUGGACCAAAUUCUCUGGCGGACAACAUCAUACCUUGUGCUUGGACUCUGAUGGCAAAGUAUACAGCUUGGGCCGUGCGGAGUAUGGACGCCUAGGGCUGGGAGAACGUGCCACAGAGAAGAGUACGCCUACUGCCAUUCAAGGACUCCCUGCUAUCGCUGAAGUGGCUUGUGGAGCUUCUGUUAGCUAUGCCAUCAGCAAGGAUGGUCGAGCCUUCGCCUGGGGCAUGGGGACAAAUUUUCAGCUGAGCACAGGCAACGAGGAGGAUGUGUGGAGCCCCUUCCAGAUGACGGGUCAGCAGCUGGAGAACAGAACAGUCCUCUCCGCCUCCAGUGGAGGCCAGCACACUGCGUUACUUGCAGCAGACAAUGGAGAGAGUUGAUGCAUUCGGCCGGCCGCUCCACACUAAAACCUACUGCUGAAACAAACCUCGACCUUUGUAAAGACUGAGCCCUGCACUUUCCCCACAACCCUGAAUGCAAUGUUUUGUUAUUACAGGAAUUGAUUUUAUCUUGUUCAUUUGUUUGUUUUCUAUAACCCCCACGGAGUACACGUCUCAUCCAGACCUGGAACCUGUGUACUCUGCUGUGUCAUUUUAUUGUAUUGUUCCUGUUUUUUUAUUGAAGCAAGAACAAGAAGUGUUCGCUUUGAUAUGAAUUGGAUUUCAUUAUGUGAGAGCCAUUAUUUUAUGUUAAAUCUCUAUAGGUUUUUGGGUGGGAAUGGCUGGGCAGGCAAGUAGAAAAGGAAAGAAAAAUAUUCUUUUAAAAUCUAAUAAAUCUUUUUGUGAUAGUUUUCUAUAA